UCUCGAUCUGACUCGACUGUUUCUGUCUGUCAAAACAAACAUGGCGGCCGCCGCGGCUUCGCGUGAGCUUUUCACGAGUGGAGUGAGAGCGGUUCUUCACACGUGGCCCGUUUUACAGAUUGCUGUAGAUAACGGCUUUGGGGGCGUGUACGGACAGCAGAAGGCGGACUGGAUGGUGGACGUGGUUCAACAAUAUUUCCAUGACAACGCUGACCUGCAGCAGAGUGAGAUCGAGGACUUCAUUGCUGAUCUGAUGGAUCAGGAGUUUGAUACAGUGGUGGAUGAUGGGAGUUUACCUCAGGUGUCCCUCAGCCUCCUGCAGAUGUUCAGUCAGUGGCAGCAGGGGGCGCUGCAGCAGCUCCAACUCAAAGUCAACACCAUGACACAGAAGCGUGAGAGGGCAAAGGUCCAAGCUCCGCCCACAGUGUCCAACAACGAUGAUGAAGAAGAGAUGCAGGUGAUGGAGUCCGCGCCAUCCGUCAGCAGAACGCCACCUGCUCCUCCUCAGGAGGAAGAUGACGGCUGGACGGUAGUCAGGAAGAGGAAGUGAUGUGGAUGAACUGUUGAACCUCAGACCAAAGCAGCUGACAUUUGACCUGCUGGAGGACAGUUUUCACUCACUGUAACUAGGGCGACGGAGACGCAUGUUUGUUUUUAUAUUAAAGUUGAUAAAAAAAACGCCACGUCCUGCGUGAUGUCCUCAAACUCCACUGUUACUGUAACGUCACACAGUGACGACAUUUUAAACGCUAACUGAUCCACAAUGUUUUUACGUGAUUUGUACGGUGUUUUUGAUUUUCACAUCACUUCCAACACCUCAUUUAGCCGUUUUUAACAUUUUCAACAGUAUGACUUUUUAACAGUGUUUGACACUUUUAUGACAUCAUGAAAGUUUGCCGCUUGUCGUCCCAGGCCUCAAUGUUUGUUUUUAUUACUGGUCACAUGGUUGCUGUGAUGUCACAGCUCAUGUAAAUUGUCAUGUGUGACGACGUUUGCUGUGAUUUGAUUUAUAAAGUCUUUAUAAAAAGAUUUGAUUUUACGACACAUUAA